GUAAAGUAAAGUAAAGUCCGACCGAAUAAAUUUGCACAAUUGCAAAUUUGCACAAUGUACUCCCCGAGUAUGAUCCCAAUACACUGUCACGGUCGUGAUUAAUCCUUCCUGCUGCAAUAUCUUAACCAAGCAGAAUAAAACCAUAAAUGCGGACCAAGUCAAAGCAUAUGCAUACAAGCCCAAAUUAAAUGAUGUAUUAAAUCCAUAAUAAGAAAAAUUAAAAAGAUAGACCUGUAUAUAAAGCCGGGUCGGACUCGAAUUAGCGGCAUAACAAUUUAUUCCUUUCACAGAGAUUUAUUAAGCAAUUUCCAUAAUCAUGUUCUCUACAACGGGCGUAAUAGUAUUUCUAAUCUCAGCGACUGCAGCGGUACUCGCAGUUCCGGCCCGGGUUCACCUUACCCGUAGUUCUGAAGGGUACCAGGCUCAAAUCCAUGUCGAAAAUCAAGACAGUGUCCAGCUCAACUUGAAAAAAUCCGCCACCCCUGUGUUCCAUCCGGACUUUAAAAUUUUUUCGGUUGGAAAGGACAGUGAAUUUCAUACCGAUUUAACUCCUUCCAGACAGAUUUUGGACGAGAUAGAAAACUCAAUUUAUGAGGAUGUCCGUCAGGGCGCGGUUGUCAGGUUGGUCAACGAUGGAGCAGGAGUUCAUGGAUUCGUGGGGAACAUGAGGAUCUACCACGACGACGGAAACCAUGACAUUUCUCAAAUUCACGAUUCACUCGAUCAAAGAGGAAAAAGCGACUUUCUGGAGAUUCCGGAGGAGUAUCGCCAACCAAAGAAUUUGUCCGUGCAAUCGAGCGGAAUUGGGAUCCAGGCCGUGGCAAAUGUUGAGUUAUUUCUUGUCAUCGAUUACGCCACGUACCUGCUGUUUGGCGCGGGUACGAGGAGAAUUAUAGAAUAUGAGGCCCUCUUUAUCAAGGGUGUCGGCAACAUUUUCGCCACAAAUAACGACCCCAUUGUAACUUUCCAAGUUGUGGGAAUUCGUUUUAUGACGGCUCCUGCUCAACAACCGUUCAUCGAGAAUAAUAAACUUUCCGGUGUGAUUAGCAACCUUGAAAACGUCUUACGACAAUUUAACGGUUACCUUGCGUCAAACACCGCUAUUCUUCCAAAUUACGAUGUUGCUGCACUAAUGACCGCCGAAACGGUAAUGAGAGGACAACCGAUCGGAUAUGCUUUCACUGAGGGCUCUUGUAAUGUCAACGUUCGAGGAGCGGUUAGUCAGGAUCAAUCCGCCAGCUUUAUUGGCGUCCGACUACUCGCGCACGAACUUGGUCACACACUGGGGUCAACACAUGACGGAACUGGUGAAGAUGAGAACGGAUGUACUCAAGACGAUCAUUUUAUAAUGCACCCUGAAAUUGGACCUACGGGAGGCGAGAAUCGGUUCCUGUUUAGCCAAUGUAGCAGGAAUUUGAUGAUCACGUUCAUAGAUUCCGCGACGUGCUUGAGGACCACGAAUUUUGUAGGAACCCCGUGGACCGUUCCCUCAAACACUCCAGGCGAUUUGGUCGAUUUAAACGCCGUCUGUCGGGCUCUGUUUAACAGACCAAACGCCGUUGUGGACCCGACAUUCACACCGGAUCAAAUUUGCGAAGGCGUUCGAUGUCAGUAUGACGAGGCGUGCAACAUUAAUAACUGCCCAAUCAGGCCAGUUCAAUUUAAUCCUCCGAGUGCACCAGAUGGCGCGCCGUGCGGGUCUAACAAUGGGAAAUGCCAAUUGGGAAGAUGUGUCGUGCCUCCCACCGGACCGUUUACUUGCACCGCGGAGGGAACAUUCAGACACACCAAUUGCCGCAUGUACUACUGGUGUGUGAGAAUUAGCGGAAAUUUGUACACAUAUGUAUUCACUUGCCCCACCGGGUCGUAUUUUAAUCCUGCUACACUAAAAUGCGUGUUAGGUGGAUGCUAAAUAAUACGCAAAUAUGUUGACGAACAAGAAUAUGGUGUAUCGUAUUGUAUUUCCUUAAAUAAACGUAACAAUAAUUAAUA